UGAUGGUUCAUAAUAUAUAAUCCUGAAAUCGGUUGGUUAGUUGAUAGAUGCUAUAGUCAUUUUUAUAGCCAGACCUAGUUGUGUGAAUUGAUGAAACACACAACAAAUACAAAAAGGAGGUAUGCUUCAUUCAUUCCAUUGCAAACGACAACGAAACUCUGCUCUUGAAUUCGCAAGUUGGCGGCUUUAGUUUAAUUUUGAAAAAAAAAAAAAAAAUUUUUCGUCACACAACAACAUUUUGGCUUUGAUAAAAUGAAAUGACUAUUGAGGAAAAUUAAGUUGUUGUUUGUCAUUUAAGAACUAAAGUGACAAUUAAUGUUCAACCAAAAAGCAAACGUUUCCUACAUACAUCAUUAUAUUGCCAUCAUUCUCCAAUCAUCAUCAUCAUCAUCAUUAGAUCAUGUGUGUACGUGAUAUGACAGUCGGUGGUUUAUUAGAUAAAAAUGAUCCAUAAUUGAAUUUGUUGAUUUUUCAAUACUUUCUUCGCUUGUUUGUUUGUUUGUUAAUUUAAUUUGUGUUUUGUGAAAAUUUGGCCUAGAAAAUACCAAUUAAACAAUCGUGACGACGGUGGUGGUUUGAAAAAAAAUUCGGUGCAUCAUGAUCUAUAAUCAAUAAUCAAUAAUUGAUUGAUAAUUUAAAUUUUUAAAUGAAAUCCUCGUCAUCACCACUACAACCAAUAUCCAUCCAUGAUUCAUCAUUGAUGAUUGAUUGUCACAUAUCACCACCACAAUGUGAUGGAGAACAACAACAACAACAAAAGUCGUCAAAAGCCAUUAGUUUUGGAUUGAAGCAAACAUUGAUCAAAAUGAUGAUCAUGUUACCGUCAUCAUCAUCAUCAGCGGCAGCAGCAAUGUUUUAUGGCCAUUUAUUGACAGGCUUAUUAUUGGUGGUUAUUGUUGGAUAUCAAUCCAUAUUAGUCAACUGUGAACAUCGUGCCGGAAGUUAUCGUAGAAAUCAACAACAACAGGCAUUAUAUCGUGCACCAUGUUCCCAGACAACUGAUUGUCCAUUUGAUAAUACACAAUGUAAUUUAGUGAGCAAAAAAUGUCAAUGCAAACCGAAUUUCGUCCAGGUAGAUAGUUUUGUGAAUCGUUCGUACAUUACACAUUUGGCAAUGACAUGUCUACAUGUAGCACAAUUGGAUGAACGUUGUAUAAGUGAUAUACAGUGUAUUGUAGAUUAUAGUGAAUGUCAAUUAACUGUCGAAAAUGUUGCUGGUGGCAUCAAUCGAACCAUUCAUAUGUGUAAAUGUAUUUCGGGCCAUGAGCUUAAACAUGAUCAAGCCACAGUGAUAAUUGAUGGACAACCACAUCGUGUGCGGCCAAUAUGCGAUCCAGAUAAUGAUCGUACGAAUUCUUCAUCUUGGCUUAUAACGGUCGUAUUGAUCAGCAUAUUGGUACUGGUCAUUCUAAUUGGAACAUUUGUUUUGAUUGUACGUUACCAGCGUCUACGACAACCAUACAAUCAACAAACCAUAACUAGUUUGACAUCGCAAGGAGGAAUCAAUUCAUCACAUCAAAUGGGUCAACAUCAUCCAUUAGGUUCAUCAUCACCACCACCAAUGGGUUCAGCUGAAGCUGAAUUUCAAAAUGAUUUCAUCCAAGUAUUUCCGAUGCAUCAUUUAGAACCGAUGCCAGAUAAAAAUGUUCAUGCAUAUAUUAUCAAAUAGUGAGCAAACUAACAAAAAAUAAAAAUAAAAAAAUACCCGGGAUCAUUAUUUGCAUCGUGAAUCAACCAAACAACAGUAAAAACAACAGAAUAACGCACAAAGUAAUUUGAAAAUAUAUUCAUUGCAUUUUAAAAAUUGAAGCUCUAAACCGAUCAUUGUCUCUGCAGCCACUGUCAUACACACAAUCAUUAAAACAGUGAGCCAACAACAAGAAAAAAAAAGGAUACCUACUAUCAUUGUCCCGGGAUCUAUUUUAAUUGAACGUUUUAAAUAAAUAAAAAAAAAUUCGAAACUGGAACACCACUAUCAAGUGAAUUAAAUGAUGGUUAUAUGCAAUGGAUAUGUGCGUGUGUGUGUGUGUGUGCGAUGUGGUGCUUCUUAUUAGUCGACUGAAAUUGAGCGACUGAAACAAAAGCAGCACAACAAAAUUAAAUUUAUUCAAACCUGGAUCUAAAUCGCUUUCUACACAUUAAAAUAAAUAAAAAAAAAUUGUAAAAAUGGGAUAAACACACACACACACACACACGAAUACAAAACAAAACAAGUACCAGAGUACUACACAAAAUACAUAUCUCGAGUAUUAACAAAUAUUGGGAAUUAUCGAUAAUAACAAAAAAAGUGUGAAUUUCGUGUAAAUAAUUUAUUGCUUUGCUAAUUUUCAGAACAA